AGGUCCAAAGCCGAGGGAUGGGCCCAAGGCAAACAGGGGCGCCUCUGAGGGAAAGGGCCCCACAAGGCCUCCCUCCCCUUAGGACUCGCCCGCUCGAGGCUGGCCUUCUCCCCUGAAACCCUUCCUGAUUGUCCUUAUCAAAAUUAAAAUCUAUUGAAAUACAUGUUUCACGGCAAAAUGUUAAACGAUGCUUUCAAAUAUUAAGUCAUAUAUGAUGAUGAUGAUGAUGAUUAUUAUUAUUGGGUUGCUGUGAGUUUUCCGGCUGUAUGGCCAUAUUCCAGAAGCAUUCUCUCCUGACGUUUCGCCCACAUCUAUGGCAGGCAUCCUCAGAGAUUGUAAGGUUCUGUCUGGCUUUCCUGCUGGCUGCUCUCCCCACAGUGACUGCUAACGACGAAGUACCACCGGUUGUUCACCAGGACUCCUGGGGAGACUUCUGGCUGUUCCGUUUUUUGGUCAACGCUGCUGGCUAUGCAAGCAUUGUGAUACCAGGUUUCUUGCUUAUACAGUAUUUUAAAAAGAAGAAUUACCUUGAAACAGGCCGUGGCAUUUGCUUUCCUGUUAUCAAGUCGUGUGUCUUUGGCAACGAGGCCAAAUCAGCACAUCAGGAUGAUGUCUUGCUCACAGCUCGGAAUGAGACGGUCGAAUCCUCCACAGCCCGGCAGGUUUUUAAACUGCUCUUUUGUGCAGCAGGCCUACAGAUAUCCUACCUGACAUGGGGUGUUCUCCAGGAACGUGUGAUGACCAGAACGUAUGGUGCAACUGAAUCAGACCCUGGAGAGAAGUUUAAGGAUUCCCAGUUCCUGGUCUUCAUGAACCGAAUUCUUGCCUGCACUGUGGCUGGCCUCUACUGUGCCCUGAUCAAGCAGCCCAGGCAUGGCGCUCCCAUGUACAAGUAUUCCUUUGCUUCCCUUUCCAACAUUCUCAGCAGCUGGUGCCAAUACGAGGCACUCAAGUACAUCAGCUUCCCCACCCAGGUACUGGCCAAAGCCUCCAAGGUGAUCCCAGUCAUGCUAAUGGGCAAACUCGUCUCCCGCAAGAGCUACGAAUACUGGGAGUACCUGACAGCUGCUCUCAUCUCCGUUGGAGUCAGCAUGUUCUUGCUCACCAGCACUCAUGGCAAGCAGCUCUCCACUGUCACCACUUUCUCUGGCGUGGUCCUCUUGGCUGGCUACAUUGCCUUUGACAGCUUCACUUCCAACUGGCAGGAUGCUCUCUUUACCUACAAAAUGUCCUCAGUGCAAAUGAUGUUUGGAGUGAAUGUCUUUUCGUGCCUCUUCACCGUAGGCUCGUUGCUGGAGCAAGGUGCCUUACUGGAGUCUGUUCGCUUCAUGGCCCGCCAUUCGGAGUUUGCGGCCCAUGCCGUCCUCCUUUCGGUAUGCUCUGCCUUUGGGCAGCUUUUCAUCUUCUACACCAUCAACCAAUUUGGAGCGGCUGUCUUCACCAUCAUCAUGACUUUACGUCAAGCUUUUGCCAUCCUCCUCUCCUGCCUCAUCUACGGCCACGCCGUGACUGUCAUGGGAGGGCUGGGAGUAGCCGUAGUCUUCAUAGCACUCUUUCUCCGUGUCUAUGCUCGCAGUCGGAUGAAGAAAAGAGCAAAAAAGCCACCCGUUGGUGAAAGCCCUGUGCAAAAGGUUUAGAGCCAGAGGGGCAAAGCAUGCUCCCCCUAAACUCUUGCCAGACCCAAAGCACUUGCUUAAGCACUCUCAUGAGCCCAGCAAGAAGCUGGAAAGGGAGGAACUUUGACACCCCCCCCCCCUUCAGCUGAUUUUUUUGAAAAUUACUGCUGGGGUGGCUUGGAAGACAUGGGAGUUCUUUCCCCCUGUUGUCAGAGCAUUUCUUUGCUUAAGAAAGGAGUGAUUGAUAUUCCUUUCCCUGGGAAUGAGAGUUGGUGAGCCUAGUGUCCCCUGGGACUUAUCAUUUUGGAGCAAGAUGGUUGCUUUAUGUUCAAGGCAAAUUCACCCUGUCUUGGAGAUUGCUGCAGUUCUCCUUCUGCUGGCUAUAAUGGAGCUGCAUAUAAGGGAACCAGAAUAAACUUCAAAAAUUAAAAUAAGCACUCUAAAAUGUCAGAAUUGAAUAGAAAGGUCGGUAAUCAUUACAGCCAUGGCCUCUACUGAAAAUCAAGAGAUUCUGAAUUUUACCCUACCUGAUCUCAAGAUGGUCUUCAGAAUAGCUUCUUAAACCACAAUCCGAUUUUCCGGCUCAGCAUUCACUACUUUUGUCCCCUGGCUUACAAUUUGCAAACUGUGGACCUUCCCUGAUGUCAUUUUUUUUUUAGUUGUUGACCAUCCUCUCCUUUUACUGCCAAACUAAAUCCCAGAAUCCCCUGAAACCAUCUCAGGAUGCAUUUGGGGAUUUACAGUUGCUGCAAGCAGUUUAGAAAAGCACAAAUAUUGCCUUUUUUCAACCAUCUCUUUGAAACCAGUUCAUGAUAUUUUACCUUUCUUGGCAAGGUGAUAUUGGAGAGGGUGCCCCCAUACAUCCCAAAUCCUUUCUCUAUCGGCAACUUUUCAGAGGUUGCUCACAGAUAAUACUAGGAGCCACAUUGAGUGACUUUGAGCUCAUGUAUUGUUUUUUACAUGGCUUAGCCGGCCCUUUUAAGCCAAGAAGUAUUCCAAAGCCCCUUGGGAUUAUUCCACAGCUUUCUGGAAGCAACGUGCUUUUUAGGUAGUAAGCUGGCUGAUGGGGCUCUGCUGCCAUUACUGGCUGCACAGCUCUGACCUUUUGUUUUAUCCUCUUUUUGGACAGUAGCUCUGAGCUUUCUGAUUUGCAUCCCAGAGGCCUGUUUGAAUUGUCAUUUUCUCCAUAAUUAGCUGCUGAGACCUGGAUGCAGAACUGGAGCUGCAUUUGGAGAAAGUCUGGGUUUUGCCCAUUUAAACAUUUUAUUGUUACAACUGAUAUUGUGCAGGGGAAAUGUUUUGGUACUCUUGAAAUGCAACUCUCAUUUUAUUAAAUUUAAAAGAUGCUGCAAA